AUGGCAACUUCCACUCGGUUGAGAAACGAUCAACAACUUGAAAUUUUUUGUAUUAUUUGGUUAGAUAAUAACACUCAAGUCAAUGAUAAUCGGGAAACGGAACAACAUUUGCGCUCAAUUAUUAAUCGUCUCAAGCGAUUCAGAGACGUUGGAGAAUGCGAAAGAUUUAUCAAGGAUCGAUCGAUAGAUGAUCGAAUCAUUCUCAUUACCAGUGGUCGAUUAGGUCGAAAAAUUGUCCCAACGAUUCACCCAACCCGGCAAAUCAUAUCAGUUUAUAUAUACUGUAUGGAUGAGGCAGGUAACAAGGAAUGGUCCAAGAUAUACACAAAAGUCAAAGCUGUCAUGACUCAAUUGGAUAAACUCGUGCUUCGUAUCAAAGCCGACCAUAAAGUUCAACAAAUUAUCGAACAGCCGUUGUGCAUGGAUGUAUUCACCUCCGGGAGUUCAACUGGUAGUGUCAAUGGUAAAUUCGUUUUCACACAAGUUCUCAUCGAAUGUCUUUUACGACUUAAAUAUAACGAGCAAGACAAAAAAGAACUUAUUAAACGAGUUCAAAAAGAAUACGAAGGAAAUGGAUUCGAGCUGAACAAUAUCAGAGAAUUUCAAGAAUCCUAUUUGCCUAGUGACGCUAUAUGGUGGUAUACACGAGAUACAUUCUUUUUCAAGACACUCAAUGGUGUUUUACGUACAGAAAAUCUUCACAUGAUCUUUUUGUUUCGUUCGUAUAUUGCGGAUAUUCAACAUCAACUAAAAAGACAUCAAACUGGAAAUGCUUUGCGCGUUUAUCGGGGACAAUUGAUAUCAAAAGACGAAUUGAAAAAAUUACAACAGUCCUGUGAGCAAUUUAUCUCUUUAAACUCAUUCUUCUCGACCAGUGUUAACGACGAAAGGGCUCGGCGAUUUCUCUGUGGCAAUAGCGUUUCGGAGAAUCUCGAACGAGUAUUAUUUGAAAUCCAUGCUGAUUGUCAAACAGCUGCAACAAAACCAUUUGCUAAUAUUCAAUUGCUUAGUGAUUAUCCGGAUGAAGAAGAAGUUUUGUUCAUGAUUGGCUCGAUCUUUCGUUUGGAGACCGUCCUUCGUAGUAGCGAUGAAGAUAUGUGGAUUAUUCGAAUGACGCUGUGCAGUGAAAACGAUAGUAGUUUACAAGAUGUUCUGCGAUACAUGAGGCAACAAUUUGGUGAGGGUGAAACAAGUCUUCGAACUUUAGGAAAAGUCUUAUGGAAAAUGGGAGAUCUAGAUUUAGCUGAAUUCUAUUUGACUCGUUUUCUGAAUAAUCUUCCACCACAGGAUCCUGUUAUUGGCGAUCUAUAUGAAGAGCUCAGUGAAAUUGCAGGACUAAAAAGAAAUUUUGACAAGAGUAUUGAAUACAAAAACAAAGCAUUGGAAUAUCAAAAAGCGAAAAAGUUAUUAGAUAAACCAGACUCCAUUGAAGAUCACAAGCCGAAAAAACCUGUAUCGCCGAUACCUCCAUUUAAAAAGUCACCCACUCCAUCAUACAGUAAAGAGGCGCCGCUUAAUGGAAACAAUGUUCCUGCGCAAACGUGGCCAGUCUUUUCUGAAUUGGGUCUACAGAUUGUUUUUGCUCAACACACAAGUUUGAUUAAGGUCGACCAUGGAGCUACACAUGCAGAAAUUUUGGUUCGAACGCCAGAUGACAUUGAACUAGUCGGUUCGCUAAAAAAUGGCUGCGAUGAGGACGUCUUCGGUGGAAAUAGAGUUUUCUUUAAUAGACACAGAAGACUGUGGCAAUGUCUAUUCGCACCCAACGACAACGGGACAUUCACGGCUACGAUCUAUGCAAAACGAAAAUCAGAUCUACGUAGCUUUACCAGUGCAUGCAGUUAUAUUCUCGAAGCGAGACAAAUUCCAUCGAUACCCUUAUCAUAUCCCAUCACAUGGCAGCUGUUUCACGAUCUCGAUCUUGAAAUCGAAAUGCCUUACAAUCACGCCGCCGUUACCUGGCCCAAGAGUGCAUCUUACGUUGAAAUUCGAAUGCGAGCUCCUGAUCACGUAUACCUCUCAUGUGAUAUUCUAUAUAACAAACGAAAAACCGAUGGUGGAGCGUUGGCACAGUUCGAUAUCACUAAGCAUAGCUGGCAACUGUUAUUUGCGCCCCAGCACACAGGUUUGCAUACGUUACUUGUCUAUGCAAAACAGGAGAAUGAUAGUGAUUCGACUUUACACUCAGUUGUCCAAUUCAAUCUUAAUGUAACUCAUAUUAGUCAACCAGUUAAAUUUCCCAUAACAUACAAACAAUUCAAGUCAAAGAGAUGUCGUAUUAUUGAACCUCUUUAUGGACCACUUAAGCACAACUUUCCGGUAUUGAUUCAUUGUAUAGUGCCCGAUGCAAUCGACGUAGAUGUGAUGAUUGAUUCCAACUGGAGUCGUAGUCAAGAUUACCAUGAUCCCGUUUUCAAGAAAAUGAUAACAGUGGGCUCAAAUGAAGUGGAAGUUCUGGGAAAAUACGCUCAACAGAACACUUACAGUGAUAUCAGUGAUGUCAACAAACAGGUUUUUCAUCUCACUGCUUCUCCUAAAUGUGACAGAUCAUCAUUUUUCUCGUAUUAUUCGGGUACAUUGACAAAUGAUAAUGAAAUAUACUCACGCGAAGAAGGUUUUGGAGUAAAAUACUACUAUCAAACAAUCAGAGUACGCGUCAAUACAACAGGCACCUAUACAUUCAAAAGUUCAGGUAGAAUUGAAGACACAUAUGGAUGCUUGUAUCAAGGAAAUUUUUACCCAAUGCAUCCGGAGUGCAACAUCGUUGCGAAAGAUGAUGACAGUGGUGGAAAUGGUCAGUUUUUAAUAACAGCUGUUCUUCGAUCUGAUCUGGAAUACAUCUUGAUAUUUUCAACAUAUCGUGAUCGAGUGACAGGAACAUUCGAAGUUUUGGCAUCGGGUCCAGAUAAUGUUUUCAAUCCCAUAGGUGUGCUACCGAUAGAUACAGUAACGACAACCAUUAGUACUACAUCUACUGUCACUACCACUACUUCCACUACCACUAUCACGACAACAACAACCUGGAACAAAAAUAUGACUGGAAUACUGUGCGCUGACGAUCCACGAGGUUUGGAUUACCAUGGUACGGUAUCAGUGACGGAGAAUGGUCGAACAUGCCAACGAUGGGAUGCGCAAAGUCCUCAUAAACAUACAAUUUCUGAUGUUCUCUUGCCGUAUGAUGCUUCUCUUCAUGCUGCGGAAAACUACUGUCGAAAUCCUCUGAGUAAAGAUGCCAUGAAAGAUCGACCUUGGUGCUACACAAAUGAUCCAGCAGUCUCUUGGGAAUAUUGUUCUGUACCAAAGUGUUCUGCGUGGUCAUCAUACCCGGAGUGUAGUGUUUGCCCAGAUUCAGACUAUCAAGAUUCAUGCAUAGAUUGCGUGACAAGUAUUAAUUGCUGGCGGGGUUGUCGUUGUUACACUAUCGAUUUCAGCGAAUUAAUACUUACUAGAAUUCAGCUUAUAUCAUCGCGUCCUUGCAAAUUAGUCAAUGCAAAAAGCCAGCUACAAUGCCAAGGCUAUUGCUGA